CGUACGCAGCACCAGCAAGAGUCAAAAUCAUAAUAUAGCUCACCGAACGGCAGAAUUAUCCUAUACAAACUGAGAAGUACUAGAAGAAAAAGGCGAGGUUGUGCUCCAUGGCGAGCCUGAGCGUGCCUCCGGUGCUGACGUCCCCGCGUAACGACGCCAUUGCCCUCCAUAGGGCAUUCAAAGGGUUUGGUUGCGACACCACGACGGUAACCAACAUACUCGCUCACCGCGACUGCACCCACCGCGCGCUCAUCAUGCAGGAGUACCGUGCGCUGUACCGCCAGGAUCUCUACCACCGCCUGUCGACCGAGCUCACCGGAAACCACAAGAAGGCGAUGCUGCUUUGGGUCCUGGAUCCCGCGGGCCGCGACGCGACCAUAGUGAACCAGGCCCUCAACGGGGAGAUCACCGACCUGAGUGCCGCCACCGAGGUGAUCUGCUCCAGGACGCCGUCGCAGCUGCAGAUCAUGAAACAAACCUACCGUGCCAAGUUCGGCUGCUACCUCGAGCAUGACAUUACCGAACGCAACUUCGGCGAUCACCAGAAGCUUUUGCUUGCGUACGUGGGUAUCCCGCGCUAUGAGGGCCCGGAGGUCGAUCCUUCGGCGGCAGCGUCCGACGCGAGGGAGUUGCACAGAGCUGGGGAGAAGAGGCUGGGCACCGACGAGCGGACCUUCAUCCGCAUCUUCAGCGAGCGCAGCUGGGCGCACAUGGAGUCCGUCGCCGCCGCCUACCAGCAUAUGUUCGCCCAGUCCCUGGAGAAGGCUGUGAAGAGCGAGACGUCAGGGAACUUCGAGUUCGGGCUGCUGACCAUCCUCAGGUGCGCCCACAGCCCGGCGGGGUACUUCGCCAAGGUGCUGCACAAGGCCAUGAAGGGGCUGGGCACCAGCGACACGGCGCUGAUACGGGUGGUGGUGACCAGGACGGAGAUCGACAUGCAGUACAUCAAGGCGGAGUACCAUAAGAAGUACAAGAGGUCGCUAGCCGACGCCAUCCACGCCGAGACGUCCGGCAACUACCGGACCUUCCUCCUCUCACUCGUCGGCCGCGAUCGUUAUUAGGACAUCACCACAUCUCUGCUUCCUAAACUGCUAUGUGUGAUCAAUGUUAUUAAUUGGAAUGUUUGUGUACAUACCUGUACCUUGGGUUUAUUUUCGCAUGAAAAGUUGUCAUUA